AUGAGUAGUGCAACAGAAUCAGGAUUGCCCGAACCAUGGACGGUGCGUUACAGUAAGUCCAAGAAGAGAGAGUACUUCUUCAACCCGGAGGACAAGAAAUCGCAAUGGGAAGAGCCAGAGGGGACCGAUACAGAUAAAUUCAAAGAAUAUUUGAAGGACCAUCCUGUUCGUGUGAGAUGUCUGCACAUAUUGAUCAAACACAAGGACUCGAGGAGACCUGCCUCCCACCGUUCCGAACACAUCACGAUCAGCAAAGAGGAGGCCAUAAAGGAGUUGGAGAAGAUCAAGUUGAGAUUGGAUGAGGAUAAGCAAGAUUCAUUUGAGAGCCUUGCCAAGGAGAGAUCCGAUUGUUCGUCCUACAAGAGAGGUGGGGACCUCGGAUGGUUUGGCAGAGGGGAGAUGCAACCCAGUUUCGAAGAAGCUGCGUUCGCAUUGAAAGUCGGCGAAGUCAGCGGUAUUGUGGAGAGUGACAGUGGGGUCCACCUGAUCAAGAGGAUGGCUUGA